AAUGUCAUUAACCACUUUUUCUGUGAACCUCCUGCCCUCCUGAAGCUGGCUUCAGCAGAUACAUACAGCACAGAAAUGGCGAUCUUUGCAAUGGGUGUGGUAAUCCUCCUAGCACCUGUCUCCCUCAUUCUCACCUCCUACUGGAACAUCAUCUCCACUGUAAUCCAGAUGCAGUCUGGUGAGGGAAGGCUCAAGGUCUUCUCCACCUGUGGCUCCCACCUCAUUGUUGUUGUUCUCUUCUAUGGCUCAGCAAUAUUUGCCUACAUGAGGCCCAACUCUAAGAUAAUGAAUGAAAAGGAUAAAAUGAUUUCGGUGUUCUAUUCAGCAGUGACCCCGAUGCUGAACCCCAUCAUUUACAGCCUGAGAAACAAGGAUGUGAAAGGGGCUCUCAGGAGAAUAACUUUAAAAUAG